CUGCCACUUGGAGGCGCCUGGCCGGGAAGGCCUGGUCAGCUGUGUCCGGCGGAGGCAGCUGCUGACCCAGCUGUGGACUGUGCCUGGGGCAGAGGAAGGGGGGGUGGCAGGAGCCCUGGGCCUCCCGUGGCAGGGGCUGCAUCAUGUAUCAUCUUGGGGCACCCCUCUGGCCUGGAGUUGGCUUCCUCUGUCUCCUACUCGCUGGGGCAACCUGGGCUCCCCCACCCAACCCACCGGAUCCCAAGUUUGAAAGGAAAGCGGCCCUGAUGACAGCCCGUGAGCCUGAAGAGUUUCUGUGCUUCACCGAGAGGUUGGAGGAUUUGGUGUGUUUCUGGGAGGAAGUGGCAAGCGCCGGGGUCGGUCCGGACAACUACAGCUUCUCCUACCAGCUCGAGGGUGAGCCGUGGAAGCCGUGCCGCCUGCAUCAGGCGCCCACCACCCGCGGCUUGGUGCGUUUCUGGUGCUCGCUGCCUACAGCCGACACGUCGAGCUUCGUGCCCCUAGAGCUGCGCGUCACUGCGGCCUCCUCGGGCUCUUCACGCUACCGCCGUAUCAUCCAUAUCAACGAAGUGGUGCUCCUAGACCCUCCCGCUGGGCUGCUGGCGCGGCGGGCAGACGAGGGCGGCCAUGUGGUUCUGCGCUGGCUCCCACCGCCCGGGGCACCCAUGGCAAGGCUCAUUCGCUAUGAGAUGAACAUCUCGGCAGAGAACGCCGCUGGUGGCGCGCAGAGGGUGGAGAUCCUCGACGGCCGCACUGAGUGCGUGCUGAGCAACCUGCGGGGCGGAACGCGCUACACCUUCAAGGUACGCGCGCGUAUGGCCGAGCCGAGCUUCGGUGGCUUCUGGAGCGCCUGGUCCGAGCCUGUGUCGCUGCUGACGGCUAGUGACUUGGACCCCCUCAUCCUGACGCUCUCCCUCGUCCUCGUGCUCAUUCUGCUGCUGCUGGCCGUGCUAACCCUGCUCUCCCACCGCCGGACUCUGAAGCAGAAGAUAUGGCCUGGCAUCCCAAGCCCCGAGAGCGAGUUUGAGGGCCUCUUCACCACCCACAAGGGUAACUUCCAGCUGUGGCUGUACCAAACUGAUGGCUGUCUGUGGUGGAGCCCCUGCACCCCCUUCACAGAGGACCCACCUGCCUCCCUGGAGGUCCUCUCUGAGCGCUGCUGGGAGGUGACACAGGCAGUGGAGUCGGGGGCAGAUGAUGAGGGGCCCCUGUUGGAGCCGGUGGGCAGCGAGCAUGCCCAAGACAGCUACCUGGUGCUGGACAAGUGCUUGCUGCCCCGGAGCCCACCCAGCGAGGACCUCCCACAGCCUGGUGGCAAUUUGGACAUAGCAGCCAUGGAUGAAGCCUCAGAAGCAUUCUCCUGCUCAUCCGCUUUGGCCCUGAAGCCUGUGUCAGAGGGGGCCUCGGCUGCCAGCUUUGAGUACACCAUCCUGGAUCCCAGCUCCCAGCUCUUGCGCCCGAGGGCACUUCCCCCUGAGUUGCCCCCUACCCCACCCCACCUAAAGUACCUGUACCUCGUGGUGUCUGACUCUGGCAUCUCAAAUGACUACAGCUAUGGGGGUUCCCAGGAAGCCCAGAGGGGCUCAUCCAAUGGCCCCUACUCCAACCCUUAUGAGAACAGCCUUAUCCCAGCCUCCGAGCCUUCACCCCCGAGCUACGUGGCCUGCUCCUAGGACUCCAGCCCUCAGAUGCACGGGGACCCAGAAUGACCUCAAGUGCUACUCCAGGCCCAAGAUUUAUCCGGCAGGGUCAGUGAGGCCUGCUGACCUUGGCUUUCUGCUCAAUUCAUCCUGGUCAGAAAGUCACAACCUUGCAGUAAUUUUAAAUGUACAGUCUUUUGUGUAGAUAUAUAAAUAUAUAUA